UAGCUACCAACAACAAUGGAAGCUCAACUGCGCUCGCAAUUUAAAAUAGGUUGUGUGAGUUUGUUCAGACAUUGUUUGCUCUAAAGCUUUAAUCUACAAAAAACUUGAACGAUUGUCAGGAUGUUAGCAACAAUCAUCCCAAUUCAAGCCGAAGGCUCUUUUCAAGCCCAAACUCGGUUUUGCAGUGAAAGGGGGGCCAAAAAGAAAGUCAUACAAGCACCUCGGAUGUGCGUGCCCGAAUGGAGGACCGUGUGCUUCGGGUAUUUGACGAAGAACGAGGUUGACGGUCGAGGGUAUUCAUAAGUGACACGCAGCUAGAUAUGAAGCCGUAGUUUAAUGGGUUUCAUGAGCGUCUGUCGCAGGAAAGAAUGACCAACAACAGCAAAGUCAAACUAACGCUACACAAGCUAUUGCUGCUAUAGGGAGGUUCGUAUUGCUAAAAUCGGCCACAUCGGUAGAUUUUGAAGCGUUCUGUCAGACUGUUGUGGAGUAUUUCGCGCGACUCCAUUGCACACUUUCCAUUAAAAUGGGAGAAACCAGUGACGACGUAAUGUGUGCUCUGUUAAUAUUGUCAUAUAUCCUCCUGAAAAGUAGCAGAAUGCGUCAAAAAUCUUAUUUUUGGGCAUGUAGAUAUGUUAACGAUACUUGACAGACAAAUCAUAUACUUUGCAUAUCUACAUAAUCAUCUUGAGUUUAUGGUUAACAGUCGAAAGAUUUUAUUGUAGUUACAUUCGCAAUGAAAGUUGUUUUAUGUCUGUCUCAAGCGCCUCUCGAUGUGCGGGGCGGGCUCUGAAGAGUUGAGCGCUCGCACUCGCGCCUCCGCUAGUUGUGGCUUUGGACACGCACACAAGCUCAAUAACCUAAUUUCUGCGAAUAUACAGUCACUGAAAGACAACCAACCUAGUUUAUGAACCGUGCACAUAUGUUCAUAACACUGAACAACUUGUGUCCCAUAUUAAGCUAUAUUGAAUUUUGUCUUGUUGAAUACGGAACACAACAUAGCGCAGCUGUAGUUCCGAACGGAGUGAACAUCCUGUGAGCAAUGUGCAUUGCAUUACGGGGACAAGGCCUCUAAAGGCAAUUAUUAUCGACAGCGGUCAAAGGAAGAUUGGCUAUUGCGACAUCUGUAUCACCGUUCGGUUAUUUACACGUCUCCGCUUUAAACAUGGGUUAACACGUUAAUGGUUUGAGCAGAAUUCACCAGGAUGAGGUUCCAGUGUCAAUGGAGACCGACAGCCCCAUUGAGGAGGAGGAAGUCGAGGGGGCGGAUGAAGAUGGCCACCAGGGCUCCUCUCCUGGGGGCGUGGAUGCUGUGCAGGGGGUUUCAGGUGCCGCCCUCCACCAGUCUGCCCCCUGCUCCCCUAGCUGCUCAGCCUCUGACUGUCCCCCUGCCUUCAAGACUAGCAGGAGGUCCAGCUCUCUGCCCCCCUCUAGUCCCCUGGCCCUUAGGCAGAAUGAGUCCCCAUCUGACACUGCCUUCUGCCCUGCCGAGCACGGACACCCAGGGAUGCACAGAAACACAGGAACUGGGAAUAUAAAGACAAUAGCACAGCCCUCUGGGACCUGUCUGUGGGUCCAGAAGAGCGUGGUGAAGAAAGCAAUAGAGGAUGGGGUGAGGACGGAACACCGUGGCCUCGCUUCUGACCAGCUGGUUCCUGACUGUGUGGAUGAGUCCAGGAGGGGUUCUGAGAGAAGGCCACAGACAUUGUCUCUUCCCUCUGAGUGUUCUAAAUACAUGGAGAUGGACGUUGCCUCUUACGUGAUGGCCCAAGACAACGUAAAGAACGGCCUGAAAAACGGAGAGGUCUCUGCAAAGAUGGAGACUAGGAGGCAGAACUUAUUGUUGUGGAGCGUAGCAGACGUGGCUAGUUACAUCACCGCCGCGGGCUUUCCGGAGCAGGCUGUGGCUUUCAGAACACAGGAAAUUGAUGGCAAGUCCCUCCUUCUGAUGCAGCGCAGCGACGUUUUGACUGGCCUGUCCAUCAGACUUGGGCCUGCCCUAAAGAUCUACGAGCGUCAUGUGAAGGUGCUGCAGAGGACCCACUUCCUGGAUGAAGAGGACGAUCUCUGACUGUGGCAAAGGGGAAACGGAACAACACACUCAUCUAAGGCGCAGAGGCCUGCUUUCACACAGUAUUCACACGUGUCUUGUUCACAGCAUCUCUGGAACCUUGUGUAGCGGUUCAAGGAGGUGUGUGGAAAAAGGACAGGGUGGUGGUGACUGGGGGCUAUGCAGCAAUUAUCAAUAUAACAGUGUAUACGGGCAUCCACAACACCACUCCGUGGCACAGGAAAUAAGGACUGUGCUCACCUGACCGUUUCUGGAAGUAUGGCUUUUAUAGGAUCCCUAUCUGAACACACAUAUGAAUGUAAGGAGCCUGUGGAAGUUCAAAUGAAGGUCUGCCUGUUCUGUACAGGUGUAGAGUGCAGCCAGUGUGAGAGACUGUUCCUGGCUAUCACUACUCCCUUUCUUAAAAGACUACAGUCUGUGCAUUUCGAGUCAGUCUGACAUAAGAAAAAUAACAUUAUCUCUUAAAAAAAGGUUUACUGACAUUUCUUCAUUGUUACUCAGAUGUUUUAUUUUUAAAAUCAAAUCAGAUGUAAUUUGGUAUACUCAGAGUUAAACUAGAAACGAGAUGUGAACUGGUUUAAUUUGAGAAUGUAUGUAUACAUUGAGUGAUGCAUCGGAGGUUAAUGAUUGUCAGUGUCAUUUAUAACAGAGAAGGAAAUGAGGUGUGCUGUCAAGACUUUCUAAUGUCUUUUUCCCCCAUUACUGACAAUCUAGAUUCUACUAGAUUAACCGUUUCAAUCAUAUUUAGAAAUAAGCAAUGUUUUACCUGCUAAACUAAGGCACCAUAAUCUGGCAUGUAGAUUAGUAUGCCAUACCUUUGAAUUUAUUAUUUUCUUAAUUUACAUUUAUUUGUUCUAUUAUUUGUUACUUUCAAUUAGUCUGGAUUUUAUCUAAAUAAAAAGUGUCCAGUUAUUAAGCUGAAUUCAAGUUGAAAUGGGAUGGGAGACCAAAACAAACGUGGGUCAAAUGCCCAAGUUCCUGCUUGCGACAGGAUGCGUUGAAAUGACUGAAUAAAACCAAUAUAGGAGUUAUUAGUAACCAACUUAAUUAUUUUUAUUGUAGCGUUGUAAAACAUUUCUUUUACAGUCUAUAUUAAAUUCCUCACAAUUUGGUGAACAUCUUCAUAAAAUACAAUGUUGUUAUACAAUUAACUCAAACUUUUUGCCUCUGCUGUUUAGUGAUGAAUAUACAGCCACUCGAAACAUGACAUUCCAUAUGUCCGUCUGUAUUGUCUGAUGUUAUUCUGUUAAUUGUUGUUUUGGCCCCGUUUCCAGGGUCAAAAAUAAAGCUAUUGUCUUUUCCA